AUGGCGUACGGUCGUUUAUCUCUUCUUCUCACCAAACGCCGCUUCUCUCUUUAUUCCUUAAACCCUAAAACCCCAUUCUUACAUUCUCACUUUUUCUCAACUUCCCAAAAUCCAAACCCUAAACCUUCAUCUCUUUCCGCUCGUCUCAGCUUCGUCUUCGAUCAAAUCGAUGCAAUCGAAAAAGAACGUUCUCAGAAACACGAAACACUUCAACGAAUUCGAGCUUGGCGUGAUUCUAAAAACACUCAAAAUGAAAUUCCCGAACCUGUUUCGGAACAUACUACGACAUCUUCGUCGAAUGAAGAGGCUGAAACUAACAGUAAACCUGUGGAAUUGGUGAAGAAAGAGGUGGAGUUGGUGCAUCCGUGGCCGGAGUGGAUUCAAUUGAUGGAGAGAUUGGUGCAUCAGAAUUAUUUUGAUCAUAGGAGGAAGGAUGAGGAUAAAAUGGUGCAGGAUUUAGGGUUUGAUACUCCCGAGGAUGUACGUGAGGAGGGGUUUGAUUUUACUAAGGAUUUUAAGAGUGUUCAUGAGGCGUGUCUCAAUUUCGGGAAGGAUCGAUUUGAUUUGUUGAGGUCUUUGUCGAGGCAGGAUAUUCAAGUUUUGGUUGGUUUUGGAUGCCCCAAUGGGGACAGGAAAGUGGUUUUCUCUGGUAAACUUUUAAGGAAGCUUGUCCACCUUGACGAAGGAGAUGUCUGUAGUUCCUGCAGCUUGAGAAACAAUUGUGACAAUGCAUAUCUGCUUACAAACAAAGAGGAUGAGGCACGAACUAUUGAUAUCAUGCGAAUGCUACUGACAUUUGGGUUUGAUCCUAUUAAUGGAUCAGUCACCAAUAAGCCGCUUCUGAAGCAGAAGUCUGUCAAAGCAGUGGUUCGUAAGUUGCUUCAUGAAGUUGUCAAAUUGAGUUCAGUUCCUAUUGAUCCAAAUCUCCCUCCUCCGGUGAUAAAAAAGCCUCCACCAAAGGUGAAACAACCUCCUCCUACCCCCAAGAGACGUGUUGGACGGGAUGAUGUUGAGAUGAAAAGGGGGGACUGGCUAUGUCCUAAGUGUGAUUUCAUGAAUUUUGCAAAGAACAAUGUUUGCUUGCAGUGUGAUGCCAAGCGUCCAAAGAGACAGUUGCUUCCAGGAGAAUGGGAAUGUACCGAGUGCAACUUUUUGAAUUACAGGAGGAAUGUGGUAUGUUUUCAUUGUGAGUGUAAACGCCCACCUGAAGAAUUCCUGGAAAAUAAAAUUCAAGAUAACAAGUACAGUUCCGGACCGAACUUUAAUAAGACGGGCAGUCGACAAGAGGUUUCCAAUGCCUGGAAUUUUGACUUUGAUGACAAUGAAUCAGAUGGUGCAGAGGUUGCUGCUUUUGAGUAUGCAGAUUCUCGUGGUAUAAACAAGGAUUUUCCUUCGGAUAAUAAUGAUCAGCGUGUGGGGUGGGAAGAUGAUUUUGAGAAGAAUAACAGAGUGCCAGGGCCCCGUGAUGAAGAAUAUGUUAAUCCCGGUUCUUCCAGACUUAGAACUGGUUUUGAUGAUUUUGACGAUGAGGAUGAUAUAGAUAGUUAUGAGCUUGAAACUCAAACUGAAGCUAGUGGUGCAAGAACUGAAGCAACAAAAAAUAAAUUUUCAGAAACAGAAGACUCUUUGGACUGGGAAGAUUCUGAAGAUAUUGAUGACAAAAUGCAUGCUCCUCAUAAAACUGCUUCAGGAAGAAUCCGAUCAGGUCACAAGAAUACAUCUUUCUCUCAAUCCAAGGAUGAUAAACUUGAUUAUGAUUCCGAUGAACAGCGGUCUAUUCUUUCCAAUUUCAAAUCUAGCCAUGUUUUUGGUGCUGACCAUAAAAGGAAAGGCAGAGGUCCAACUAAGAAAUUAAGCUUUGGUUCUGAAUCUGACGAGGAUGGUGGUGCUGGCUUAUACUCUGAUGAGGAUGAUGACUUAAAUGAUGCAUAUUCAUCCAGACAAAAUAAAGGUAUAAAACGUGAUCCAUCCAGGCAAAAUAGAGGAAAUAGACAUGAUUCUGGGAGACGGAGCUUUACUGAAGACAGGAAUUCUGGCAGUGGUUACAAAGCAAACAUGUUCAGUGAUAGUGAUGAUUUUGAUGAUUCAUCCAGACAGUCUUACAGAAAUGACAGAGGGUCUCAGGGAAGUAGCCGUGAUCGGAAGAGGUUUGAUGAUCUUGAUGGAUCGUCCCGGAAAUCUUAUGGUAAUGAUAGAGGGUCUCGUGGAAGUAACCGUGAUCGGAAGAGAUUUGACGAUUUUGAUGGAUCAUCUCGGAAGUCUUAUGGUAAUGACAGAGGGUCUCAGGGAAAUAGGAAGAGAUUCGAGGAUUUUGAUGGAUCAUCUCGAAAAUCUUAUGGUAAUGACAGAGGGUCUCAAGGAAGUAACCGUGAUCGGAAGAGAUUUGACGAUUUUGAUGGAUCUUCCCGGAAAUCUUACAGUAAUGACAGAGGGUCUCAGGUAAGUAACCGUGACAGGAAGAAAUUUGACGAUUUUGAUGGAUCACCCCGAAAGUCUUAUGGGAAUGAUAGAGGGUCCCGAGGAAAUGGCCGGAGCAGGCAGAAAUUUGAUGACAGGGAGCGUGGCAGAGGACAGUUUAACAAUUACAGUAUGGAUGAAAAGGGUGACGGUGAGUUUAGAAACAGGAGGCGUGUGAUUGAAAGAUAG